AGCUCCACCCACAGCAGAAAGAGGCAUCGUAUCUCCCUCACCUCUCCUGAGUCCUCUCUUCUCACUUCACCUGAGACCUCUCUACUGACGCCAUGGGUUGCUGUGGUUGUGGUGGCUGCGGUGGCCGCUGCAGUGGUGGCUGUGGUGGUGGCUGUGUUGGUGGCUGCGGUGGUAGCUGUGGUGGCUGUGGUGGUGACUGUGUUGGUGGCUGCGGUGGUGGCUGUGGUGGCUGUGGUGGUGGCUGUGGCAGCUACACCACCUGCAGGUGCUACCGGGUGGGCUGCUGCUCCAGCUGCUGCCCCUGCUGCCACGGCUGCUGUGGGGGCUGCUGCAGCACGCCCGUGAUCUGUUGCUGCCGCCGCACCUGCCGCUCAUGUGGCUGCGGCUGUGGGAAGGGCUGUUGCCAGCAGAAGUGCUGCUGCCAGAAGCAAUGCUGCUGUUAGGUGGGCUGGCCUGGACUCCGUCCUGUGGCAGGAUAUGCUGGGGACUUUCCUUCACCCCAUUCACCUGCCUUACCCAUCCUCUGGGUAUCCUAGCACUU